CCGUCCGUUCGUUCGUUCGUUCUUUCAGGAAAGUGAAUCACACGUGCGUUUCGACGCGAGUGACCGUUGUCAUUCUACGGUGAAUCAUUUUCACGUGAUUAUGUGGUAAUACGAUUGCGAUAAGACGGAUUCGCGAUUGUUCGUCGACGAUUCUACCUUCCACCCGGUGGAAAAAAUGAAGGUUACGCACAAGAUGGCCCGACUCACGCUGCAGUAUCCGAGCAUGGAUGUAGAAGAUGGACACAGGUUUCGCAGCGUGCGAAGAAGAUUGUUCCAGGACAACGAGGACGAGAACCAUGGGGAUUCGGAUCGAAAUUCGGGCGUCGAGGACAACCUUGCAAAUUGUUUCUACGAGGAGGCACGGAAAAACCGGGAGAACGCCAAGGAAAGAUGGAACUUCGACUUCGAGAAGGAGGAACCGUUGCCUGGACGAUACGUGUGGGUGAAGCUAGAUCAACACGGAAACGAGGUUGGGAAUCCAUUGGAAACGAGAAAUCGGGUGGAGAAUCUGCAGAUCGUGCAUGACGAUGACGCGCAGGACGACGACUUCGCGAUGCAGGAUCAACCGGAAGACAAAGAUGAGAAGAUAAUGACCGACAGUACAUGAGACAAAUUACGAAGUAGACAACUCGCCACGAGAUUCUCCAAUUUAACAAGGAACAAACUCGCUGUUCGAGUUGAAAAUUCGGAAAUUUUUCAAGGAAAACUUGACAAGUCGUAGAUCGAAAUGUACAUUAAUUUAAAACCCCCUAGUCAAAGUAUUGGCACGUUUAAGUGCCCGA